AUGUCGACACAAGAAGCUUCAGCUACUGAUUCAUCCCUGAAAAGGCCCAGAGAAGAGGAGGAUAACGGAGCCGCCAUGGAAACAGAGAAAUCCACCGCCGCCGGCACCGAUAACGGCGGAGGAGUGACCAAGGAGGAGCCUGCGUGUAUCUCCUCUAUAAUUCCCGGAUGGUUUUCCGAGACGAGUCCCAUGUGGCCCGGAGAGGCACACUCUCUGAAAGUAGAGAAAAUUCUAUUCCAAGGAAAAUCAGAUUACCAAGAUGUGAUUGUUUUCCAGUCUGCAACAUAUGGAAAAGUUUUGGUUUUGGACGGAGUGAUUCAACUCACGGAAAGAGACGAAUGUGCGUAUCAGGAAAUGAUCACUCACCUUCCUUUAUGCUCCAUCUCCAACCCCAAAAAGGUGCUGGUCAUUGGAGGAGGAGAUGGAGGAGUCCUCAGAGAAGUGGCACGCCAUAGCUCUGUUGAGCAGAUUGACAUGUGUGAAAUCGAUAAAAUGGUGGUCGAUGUCUCUAAGCAAUAUUUCCCUAAUGUAGCAAUUGGAUUCGAAGAUCCUCGUGUGAACCUCGUCAUUGGAGAUGGUGUUGCGUUCUUGAAGAAUGCUGCUGAAGGAACAUACGAUGCAGUGAUUGUUGAUUCAUCUGAUCCGAUCGGUCCAGCAAAAGAGCUGUUUGAGAAACCGUUCUUUGAGUCAGUGAACAGAGCGCUCCGUCCCGGUGGAGUUGUGUGCACACAAGCUGAAAGCUUGUGGCUUCACAUGGACAUUAUCGAAGACAUUGUUUCUAAUUGCCGUGAGAUCUUUAAAGGAUCUGUCAACUACGCUUGGACUAGCGUUCCAACUUAUCCGAGUGGAGUCAUUGGAUUCAUGCUAUGUUCAAAGGAAGGACCAGAGGUUGAUUUCAAGAAACCAGUGAGUCCAAUCGAUGCUGAUGAGAGCUCUAUCAAAUCAAACGGACCCUUGAGGUUUUACAACUUCGAGAUUCACUCAGCUGCUUUCUGCUUGCCAGCUUUUGCCAAGAAGGUGAUUGAUUCGAAAAGCUAA